GAAGAGGAAAGAGUAAACCAUGGAAAGGAAUGGAAGAUCCUGCUGGAAAGGGAUGUUGGGACUAGAUUAAGUAGGGCCCGCCCCCUUGUUUGCCGCCCUCAACUUCCUGCCCUACCAGAGGAAGUGGGGAGAGACAGCAGGUGCAGCGACAGCUCUCAGAAGCCAUGGACAAGGAGUAUGUGGGUUUCGCCGCCCUCCCCAACCAGCUGCACCGCAAGUCCGUCAAGAAGGGGUUUGACUUCACACUCAUGGUGGCAGGGGAGUCAGGCCUGGGAAAAUCCACCCUCAUCAACAGCCUGUUUCUCACCAACCUCUAUGAGGAUCGGCAAAUCCCAGAAGCCAGUGCUCGCUUGACACAAACGCUGACCAUCGAGCGCCGGGGUGUGGAGAUCGAGGAGGGGGGCAUUAAGGUGAAGCUGACCUUGGUGGACACACCUGGCUUUGGAGACUCAGUGGACUGUUCAGACUGCUGGCUGCCUGUGGUGCGCUUCAUUGAGGAGCAGUUCGAGCAGUACCUUCGCGAUGAGAGUGGCCUGAACCGGAAGAACAUCCAGGAUUCCCGUGUCCACUGCUGCCUCUACUUCAUCUCACCCUUCGGCCGAGGGCUCCGGCCCCUAGAUGUGGCCUUCCUCCGGGCGGUGCACGACAAAGUCAAUAUCAUCCCCGUCAUUGGCAAAGCAGAUGCCCUGAUGCCGAAGGAAACACAGGCCCUCAAGCAGAAGAUUCGGGACCAGCUGAAGGAGGAGGAGAUCAACAUCUACCAGUUCCCCGACUGUGACUCUGAUGAGGAUGAAGACUUCAAGAGGCAGGAUGCGGAGAUGAAGGAGAGCAUCCCUUUCGCUGUCGUUGGUUCAUGCGAAGUAGUGAGGGACGGGACCCGACCAGUGAGGGGACGCCGCUACUCCUGGGGCACAGUGGAGGUGGAAAACCCACAUCACUGCGAUUUCCUGAACUUGCGACGGAUGCUGGUGCAGACACACCUGCAGGACCUGAAGGAGGUGACGCAUGAUCUGCUUUAUGAGGGCUACCGGGCCAGCUGCCUACAGAGCCUGGCCCGGCCUGGGGCGCGUGACAGAGCCAGCCGUAGUAAACUUUCGCGCCAGAGCGCCACAGAGAUUCCGCUGCCCAUGCUGCCUCUAGCAGACACGGAGAAGCUGAUCCGUGAGAAAGACGAAGAGCUGCGCCGCAUGCAGGAGAUGCUGGAGAAGAUGCAGGCCCAGAUGCAGCAGAGCCAGGCGCAGAGCGAGCAGUCGGACGCCCUCUGAGGCUCCCGUCCCCGCCCUACUUUACCUCGCCUCCGCCUUCAGUUCGUCUCUAGUCCAAUCCCCGUGUCCCAGGCUGCCUGGCGCCCAGUCCGCGAGCCUCAGUCUGUAAGGCCCGCCUUUGCAAGGGGUUGAGGAGCUAACAGACUGCUACCUCCAAUCCCGGAGUUUGUCGCCCCGCCUUUGACUCCGCCCCAAUCCGCCCCGCCCACUUCACAAACACCAGCUUCCAGCCCGGCCCCUAAUUCCCUCAUCCCCGCCCCCCUUCACCCAAAUUGGGAGUUUAAUAAAAAACUGAGUUUCCCUGA